AUGCCCAAGCGCAAAGCCUCCGACGACCAGCUGUCCUCCAAGAAGCCCAAAAAGCCACACUCGCCAUCCGCUUCGUCUCCUCCCUCCUCCAAGACCCUGCCUCUCAUCCAGGUCGCCAGAACCUCGUCCGACUGCCCAGAAUGGCCUGCACCGCCGCAAAGAAUGGCAGACGCCGUCAGCUUCCUCAGACGAUGCGCUCGCAGCGGUGAACGCGUCCUCGUGGUACCCGACAAGGACGCAGACGGCCUCUGCUCGGGCGCCAUCAUGCACCGCACCUUGACCCAUGCGCUCAAAAUCGAUCCAACCCUCAUCGACGUCCACCUCAUGACCAAAGGCAGCAACCCGGCUGCCUCCGAACAGCGCGAGGCCAUGGAGGACGUCAACGCCAAGUGGGUCAUCGUGCUCGACCAGGGCAGCCGCAACGGCCCACCCCUCGUAAACGGUGGCCACCACGGCUGGCAGAGCGAUCACCCGGAAGCGGUGCGCACCAUGGUCAUCGACCACCACUGGCUGCCCGUCGACGACCCUGGCCCUCGGGGCUCGCUGAUGCUCAACGCAUGCCAUCACAAGCCCGUCGCCACCGCAUCUCUUCUCACCUGGGUCCUCUGCCGCCCGCUCUGGGAGGGCACAGGGGCCGACGCCGAGGCACAGAUCGACUAUCUCGCCGUGCUCGGCACCAUGGGCGACCUCAGCGUCAAUGUCGACUGGGACCCACCCUUUCCCGACCUCACGCCCGAGAUCAAAAAAUGGACAAAGAAGCGGCUGGGCUCGGCCAUUGCCCUGAUCAAUGCGCCGCGGCGCACGCCCGACUUUGACGUCGCCACCGCCUGGAACGCCGUGCUCUCGAGCCGCGAUCCGCUCGGCAUCAUCGACCCGGCCUCGAACCCGCACGCCAAGCGACUCUACGAAGCGAGGGACGCCGUCGCCCUCGAGACGGAGCGCUGCACCCACACGCCGCCCAAAUUCUCAAAGGACGGCCGCGUGGCGCUGCUGCGGAUCCGCUCGGGCUACCAGGUCCACCCGAGCAUCGCGACGCGCUGGAGCGGCACGCUCAAGUCCAAGCGGCUCCAGGUCAUCAUGUGCGCCAACGACGGCUACAACGAGGGGCUGACAAACUUUUCCUGCCGCAUCGCCCAGAUUGCGAAGAAGCGCGGUGAAGAGGUCAACAUCAUCGAGAUCCUCAACAGCUACGCCGACCGCGACCCGCAGUUCAAGGCCGAGGUCAUGGAGGCCGUCAACGGCAACGCCUUCAAUGGCCACCCGCAGGCGUCGGGCGGCAUCUUUCCGCACGCCUUUUUCGAGCGCUUCACGGAGCUCAUGGAGAUUGGCGUCAAGCCGGAUGAUGCUCCUGCGACCAAGAAGGCGAAAACGACCAAGGGACCGACGCAGAAGAACACGCUGCUUGCCAUGGGCUUCUCGUCGACCUCGCCCAAGAAGGCGGCAAGCUGA